AUGUCGUUCGCGAUAAACCACUGCCACAUUCUAACUAAUGAAGAAGAACAGCCGGGGCCAUCCACCUCUAGCGGUAGAUCGGGCGGCCGAGCUAAUCCAGCACUAAACGAAGACGACAUCGAGGCCAUUGGCGCAUUCGAACAUAUCCCCAGCUCGCUUCUCGGGGACACGCCACAUUUCCAACGGCAUGCUGAUGACAUUGUAGGUGUCGUUACUAGAGCGGACAAUUUCAAUUAUGGGCCGAGACACGGAUUACAACCCUCAGGUCCCUACCCCAGGGACUUGGCUAAUCUGAUGGAGGAGUUGGAGGUGCUGAAUCUGCGUUUCGCCAGAUACCGCGCGAUGUACAUGGACCUUCUGAUGGUUUCCAAUCGCACUGUUCCCCCAGUCUAUAGCGAGGCAGAGAAGGCAACUCAGAGGCGUACAAUUGAGCUGACGUGCGCUAUAAUGCACAGCUUUUCGCACGCGUACCACGCAAUCAGCGAUAUAACACUCGACCUUUCGCCGCGAAUACCGCAGCUCACUUCAGAGAUGGCAACUAUGCAUGCAACAAUGCCUGUCCAUGCGGUGAUCAAUGUGGUCCAAUCUCCUCGUACGAACAAUCAAGCCGGAUGGGCGCCCCAGGGUGGUCCUCCGGGAACUGGAGCAGCGCAGCCGACGGCGGCACCUGGCACCGGAAACUCUGGUACUGCAUCUGAUGAUAGCGGCACUUCCGCAGACCAGUCGCAGUCGCAGCAGUCGCAACAACAAUCGCAACAAGCUACCGAUGACGCGAAUCGACGACAAGUGUACAUCGAUUUCGAAAACAUUUUCCGCGGCCUCGGACACCAAAAUAGUGUGGAGGUGGUGAUGAGCAUGGAGGAGAUCCCAGCUGAAGCCGUGGCGGCGGGACACAUCAUCAGCGCUCCCAUCAAUCAGAUCCCGAUACAGGGCGAUGGCCAAGUUUUCGCUGCGCAGAUGCCGUGGGGUCCAGCUCCCACCGCCGAGUUCAUACACACGAUUGUUUCCACCGUUAUUGAACAUAGCAUUGAAGGUGGCAUUCCGCAGCAGCAGAUGCAACAAUAUCAGCAGCAGCAACAACAGCACGCGCAGCAGCAGCAACAACAGCAUGCGCAGCAGCAGCAACAACAGCAUGCGCAGCAGCAGCCUGAACAGCAACAACAGCAUGCGCAGCAGCAGCCUGAACAGCAACAACAGCAUGCGCAGCAGCAGCCUGAACAGCAGCAACAGCCGCGCCAACAACAGCCGCAAUCUGUUACCCAGGAACCUGUUUCUGCAUCCGUUCCAGUUCGUAUCGUUUCUCAUAAUGCCAUAGAGACGGAGCCGUCUGAAGAACCAGCCCAAGUCGCUCUUGAGGCAGAUAGCACUACCGAGCAGGAGACCCAGCAGACCGGUCCCGCUCAACAUGCUCAAUCUGCUCAGCAGACCCAGUCCGGACAGCAGAACCAGUCCGGACAGCAGAACCAGUCCGGACAGCAGAACCAGUCCGGACAGCAGAACCAGUCCGGACAGCAGACCAAUCAACAACCUCAUGUUCUUCAAAACGAUGAAGCUGAAGCGCUGAGCCGCGCGAUUUCAAACGCGCUGGGGUCUGGAGUCAACACGUCAUAUGAUCGGUUCCUACCCUGUGAGAGUAUCAGGCUUCGUCAGAGGGCUAACGCUAAUGAACAGCGAGAGCAGAUGGAACUGAUGGUGCGCAUGCGCAACGAACACUUGGCUUCUCAAAACAUACGUCAUCUUGAGCAGCGCGGAUGCCGUCUUAGUAACUCGCAGUUCACGAUCAUGGAGCAUCUGUUGCUCAGCCGGUCUUCGAGUUUGGCCUAUAUUAAUGCCUAUUUGGUGGCUGUUGCAAGACAGGCGUUUAUGCCAGGACUUAUGCACCCAAAUUCAACGGAGGCACCGAUAACACCGGAUGAGUACAAUCAUGUACAUCGUCAUAUUCUAACAUUUGUAAGACAGAUUCUACAAGAAUCCCGCGCCUCUGAAGCCCCGAACCCAUUCGUGGUUAUGACCGAAUAUAUCUUGAAUAGAAACAGGAACUUUAUUGAGGAUCUUAUGGACAUGAAUUCCGGCUACCGUGUCCGCUGUUAUAUGCGACCUGAUGUUGAUUUAUACCGCACUUUGACUAACUUCUUUAAUAGUCGGCUACCGCGUUUGGUUACGACCAUUAUGUCACCCAGACAUACUUACAUGAUGCCUGCUGAAUUCUACGCGUACAUUGGAGAAUUGCAUCGCGAUCUUCUUGGUCUCAUUAUGUGCUGCACCAACAGUGAACGCGGCUUGCAAUCUGUCCAUCGACAUUUCCUCAACCAGUUAUUGGAUGGGGUCGAUGAGAACACUACGUUAUAUUUGACCACAUUGGCACAUGAGAUAUUCAACCGGAUGAACGUAACACCAGUGUACGCCUCGUACCACAGCCUCCGCAUGCACCUGCAUAUGUUGUCUGAAUACAGCAUGGCGCAACGCCAAAACCUCGAAUCGCGAGAGUCAGGCGUUGAAGAGCCGAGGCGGUCGCAAGAGUUUGGGACACUAUCGGAUAUGCGCCAAAUGCAUACACCGCCGGAACGAGGAUCACCCCUCUCGCAGCCGAUAUCAUUUUCCUCCAUGCGACCUACAGUAGGCCCCCAGCCGACUAUGUCACCGACACAAACCGCACAAACCGCACAAACCACACAACCUACAGUAAACACGAGACCCACAAACAGGCCCGUACUGCCUUCGCUGGUGCCACUGUCUCAAAUCACACAACCCCCGACGGGUCCCAUGCCGCCGCCUUCGACGGCAUGGCCUUUUCUGCCUCCCGAUUUAGCCGAACAAAUCGGUUAUUCGAAUGCUAUAAAUUUGUCUGAUACCAGUAACCCUCUAACGGACUCCAUUAUACAAGCUCUCACCGAAUAUAUAACGAAUAGCACCGCGCCCACCUCGUCUUCGGUGGGUAUAAAUACCGAUAUGCCACAAGACGCAGAGACGCAGACGACUCCCACAGAAGAGGACUUCGCUUGUAGUCCCAUCGGAUUCUUGGAAAACGAGGAAGAUAAUGUGGAGGAGGAAGAAGACGAGGAACCUCAAUCGGUGCAAUCCGAUGAAGAAAACGUUGUCCCCAACAGCGUCGGAACCGGCACUGAUUUCCGUUUUAAUGGAAGACGUCAUUCCGGCCCUAGAGUUCGCAGGCUCCCGAUCAUUUCCGUGGCGCCAACGGUUCGAGCUGAUCCUGCCCCUAACCCCGAACCAGAAGAGAGACCGAGACCGAGCACCGAGCCACAAGGCCGCCACCAGCGCCGCAACCGGUGA